AUGCACGCCCAGCUCAUUAGGAAGAUGUCAGCGCCCACACUGGCCGCCGGAGGCUUCCCGGAUGCCAUUGGCAAGACGCCGCUGAUCAAGCUGCAGAAGUUGUCGCAGGAACUGGGUCGGAACAUCUACGGGAAGGCGGAGUUUAUGAACCCGGGCGGAUCCGUCAAGGACCGUGCUGCGCUUUACCUGGUGGAAGAAGCGGAACGGGCGGGGCUGAUCGACCCUUCGCGGCCGGGGACCAUAGUAGAGGGCUCUGCCGGCAACACGGCGAUCGGGCUGGCACACAUAGCACGCUCCAGGGGGUACAAUGCUGUGUUCUACAUGCCGGACACGCAGUCGCGGGAAAAGGUCAACUUGCUGAGGUACCUGGGGACCGAGGUGCACCCGGUACCCGUGUGCCCCAGCACAGACCCUCUGAACUUCAACAAUCGCGCUCGGGAUCACGCCGCGGCAUUGGACAAUGCUGUCUGGACCAACCAGUUUGACAACGAGGCCAAUUGGAAGGCGCACUAUGCGACGACCGGUCCCGAGAUCUUGCAGCAAAUGCGCAACGCUGGGCUCGAGGUGGAUGCAUUCACUUGCUCCACAGGUACCGGAGGAACGUUCUCCGGGAUCGCGCGGUACCUGGCCGAGGCCACGGAGCGCAAAUGCAAACUGGUGGUCACGGACCCGCCAGGCUCGGUCGUCUAUUCAUUCGUCAAGACCGGCAACUUGGAGAGGGAGGGCAGCUCGUUCACUGAGGGCGUGGGCCAAGGGCGGAUUACAAAGAACCUCGAAGCCAGCGUUGAUAUCAUUGACGACGCCGUGUUUGUUCCGGACCCAGAGUCCCUGAACAUGACCUACAGGCUUCUGGACGAGGAAGGUCUAUUCCUCGGUGGCACUUCGGGGCUGAACGUCGCUGGCGCUGUGCGUGUGGCCAGGGAACUACCACCGGGAAGCAAUGUCGUCACGAUCCUCUGUGACACUGGACACAAGUAUGCCGACCGCGUAUUCUCGAAGAAGUGGUUGCAGGAAAAGAAGCUCUACGAUGAGAUUCCGGACUCGUUGAAGAAAUAUGUUACACUAGAGUAG